CCAAAUGGGCUCAUUACAUUUUAAUUCAACAAAUGGCCUUUACAUCACCGUUUUUGAUUUUGAUUAAACUUGGCAUGGAAAAUACACAUACCUAGCAGAGCUCAGAAAUGACUUUUGUUUUUGUUCAUUUUAUUCAGUUUCAGAUAUAGUGGGAAAACUUAUUAGGAAAUUUGUUGAAUUAAAAGGGAAUAUCCCAAAUAUAAACAGCACUUCACGUGAAAUCCAACUUUUCUGAAGCACAUGAAAAUAUCUUGAAUGUUGAGAAAUUAUAACAGAAAAUUUAAAGUCAUGUCGAAAGGAUACACCCUGACAAUGCAGAUCAUUCUUCUAUAACAAAACAUACUCUUCGUUUUCUUUGUUUCAUUUAUUGUUAUCCCAAUAGUUUGUCGUGCUGCAUCAACUCAGGGAAGAUACUGUAAGGGACAGAUACAGUUUUUGCCGUCUUCAGGCAGGUUAUGAGGGGGUAGAUUGUCUGCAUUUUGACAAGAAACCCAAGUUUGAAGAAGUUCCUGUGGAACCCUCCUUUUUACUUAACUAAAAUAAACUUCUCACGUUUUCUCGUAAAGGCCCUUUCGUAUUCAUACGUUUUGAUGCCUUGGCUGUAUCGCCAGUGCGUUUCUCAAUAGCGCCCGCACUUCUGACUGGAAGACGCAAAUCGGGGGUCUUGGCAAACGCAGCGUCUUUGUUCUUCUGUAAACUUCAGUCGGCGGGCGGAGCGCAGCUCGUUAGCCGGCUAGCAGGUUAGCAGCUCGCAGCUGAAGUCACCUCGGCGGAGUGGUUUCCUAGUCAGUGGGCUGGCUUCACAUUAUCCUGGCCGGACAGUCUGACACGUCGUAGGCUGUCCCCGCAGCAGACGGGCGCCUGGGAUAGCUGUCAGUCUCGGCGCUAGCUGACGUCCGGUGGAGCCACCGGCGGGGAUUUUCGCUCGUUAAUUUGUCCCUCUGCGCGUCGGGGCCUGAUGGGAUACAGUAAGACGCACAUCAGCGCGGGCUACGCGGCUUUCGGCGUCGCUGCGGGCUUUUCCGCCUUUCUACUGUGGAACAUCGCCUUUAAACAGCCAUGGACGGCGGCUAUGGGCGGCUUGUCAGGUGUGUUGGCGCUCUGGGCCCUUGUCACCCACAUCAUGUACCUACAGGACUUUUGGCGCACAUGGCUGAAGGGGUUGAAGUUCUUCCUCUUCAUCAGUGCCCUCUUCUGUUUACUGGCUGUGAUUGCCUUCUUCACCUUCCUCUCCAUUGCCAUCAUGCAGAAGCAGUCUGUGAUUGACGUCAGGAGUUUCUACUUGUCGUCCGUGUGGAGCUUCAUAUCCCUGAAGUGGGCCUUCCUGCUUGGCCUGUAUGCCCAGCGCUACCGGAACGAGUUUGCAGACAUCAGCAUCCUCAGUGACUUCUGAUCGCCCAAGCUGGUGGACCCUGUGCUGCAGCUCGCUGGACAAAUGUGGAGUGAGGCCAGAAAGCAGGGAGCUGGCUGUGGAAGCACAAGCUCUUAGAAGACAAACGUGGGCCUCGGAUUGGCUGUCAUCCCCUCCAGUGCUGAGCCUCGGAUUGGCUGUCAUCCCCUCCAGUGCUGCGGCCUUCUGUGCUAGUUUUCUCUGAAUUUAUACCCUAUUUUUACAUCUGUGGGUUUAACCUGUAUACAUCUGUUACUAUAUUCCUUUAGAAGAAUAGUUAAUGACCCAGAGGGCAAACUAUGAGAGUUUAUGCUCUGGGUUGUUUUUAAUUUUAAAUAUAUGGUAUUUUUAAACCAGAUCGUGUAACUACUCAGAAAGCCUUUCCUAUAAAUAAGAAUACACUAAUCACUCCUCUAGUGGCAGUGGUCACAUCCUAGGUGGCUUGUGGUCUCUAGUGAUGGAUAUGUAAAGGUGUGUUUGUGGUGUGGCUUAGCCUGUUAGCAAGCACAGCAGUGUUUGUAUACCCACUGGCAUACGGUGGUGUUCAGAUUUUUUAUGUUAGUUAUUUUCCUGUUAUUUAAGUCCUGUUAAUAAGUUCAUCCCUUAGUAUUCAUUAAUGAAGCAACCAUUUGAUUUUCUGUGGAUUUGUUGUUCCAUGCAGUCUGUCUUUUCACCACUGGGUGGAGCCACUUGGUUACAGUUUGCUAUUCAGGACCUUCUGUUUGUUUAAUCUGUUAAAAAGCCUUGUUAUCCCUUGCAUUCAUCCCUGAACACUUUAAACGUUUCAGCCUAAGAAUGUUCCAGGUUAUUAGAAAUAAUUAGCAUUCUCUCAAAAUCCUUGAUCCAUUUUUUUCCUCACAGUGUUCCUGUUAAUGGCAAGUGUGUGUUUUGGUUGUUGUUUAGCUGUUGUACAGAAAAUGGCACUUAUAUGUUUGAUGUGAAUAGGCAAGCUGGCUUGUUUUUCACAAGCAGAGCUGAAGUUCAGAGUGCAGGGGAUGCUGCUUAUCAGUGCACUGCCCGGCCACAGACUCAUGGGAUGCAUCCACUGCUGUGCGGAGGGUCCAACAGGCCCAGGCACUCUCCUUCCUAAGCAGUAAAGCCAGCAAGGCUGCCCCGGUGGAAGCUCAACCCUCCGCCUGGCUGAUCCAGAGCUAACCUUCCAGUCCCUGAUCCAAAGAGAGCACCAUAGAUGCAUGUUUUUGAAGCAGUGGAGACUGAAUUGAACAGUAUGAAUUGAUACUGAAUUCAGCUGGUGGGCUGUUAAAGUCCCUAAUUGCACUGUGGUUGCAAGAGAAUCCCAGACAACAGUCAGUAUCCACUAUUCCUGUUUUUUUUUUUUUUUUACUCUGAAACAUAAACACUGAUCAGUGGUGACGUUGUGCCGGUGCUCAGUUCCCUUGGAAUGUAUUUUAAUUUGUUAAUUUAAAGGUUGAAGACUCUUGUGGCAGUUCCCAAACACAAAUGACAUCAGACUGACACAAUGAAAUGUCAAGCAUUUUUAAAGCAAUACUUGUGUGAUGGUUGUAUGUGGAAUAGUGUAAAAAAAAUGCAAUAUAUUCCUUUUUUUUAAAUUAA